CUUCCGGUUCACUUGACGUAACCUCUGUGUGCUCUCCGGUCUUGCUGUUCUUUCGUGUUCCCAUCUAACCAAACGAACUCCUUUAAAGCAUUCUCAUCGGAUGUGACAAAAUACAACUGACUGAAGCCCAAAGAAUCGAGACGUGGAUGUUGAGGAGAGGAAAUCCAGGCAACGACGAGCAACUGAAAAACAAAAGAAAAUGAGGGUUCCCACAGAUGUCACUGUAGAAGAUCUUCACCCUGAGAAGCACGAUCCCCUCCACGUUAAACAGGAGGAGGAGUCAGACAUGCCGUGGAUCAAAAAGGAGGUAGAGUCAGAGACCCCUGACAUUAAAGAAGAAAAACAGGAAGUUGAAAUCAUCAAGUUUCCAAUUGGUGUCAGUGUAAAGAGCGAAGAAGCCGAAGGUCCAAGCGAUGACAGCGGAGCAGAGAAACCUUCGAGCGACAGCUCAUUUCAGCACCCAACAACAAAAGGAGAGGGACCAUCCCAACCGGAAGGCUAUUUAGCUCCGCUUUCAGACAGCGAAGACAUAAUGUCACAUUCUUCUGACUUUGAUACUGAUGAGGAGGAUGAAGACUUUGACCCAAAUGCUUCAAAAUCCUUACACAAGUCAUCAUUGAAAAGAGAUGCAAAAGAAUGUGCGGAUGGGAAACCUUUUCCCUGCUCACUUUGUGAUAAAAUAUUUCCUUGGAAAUCCAAUUUUAAGGCACACAUGCGAACACACACUGGAGAGAAGCCUUUCGUCUGCACGUUUUGUGGUAAACGAUUCACUCAGAAGGAACAUUUAGUAUUGCACACAAGAAACCACACUGGAGAGAAGCCUUUUCCCUGCUCAAUUUGUGAUAAAACUUUUUCUUCGAAACAUCAUUUAAAAAGACACAUGCGUACACACACCGGGGAGAAGCCUUUUGUCUGCACGUGUUGUGGUAAACGAUUCACUCAGAAGGGACAAUUAGUAUUGCACACAAGAAACCACACUGGAGAGAAGCCUUUUGCCUGCACACUUUGCGGUAAAAGAUUCACCGAGAAGGGAGUUUUAAAGAAACACACAAGCACACACACUGAAGAAAAGCCUUAUGGCUGCUCACAUUGUGAUAAAAAAUUCUUCACGAAAGCAAAUUUAAACAUUCACACAAGAACACACACCGGAGAGAAGCCUUUUGCCUGCACACUUUGUGGUAAAAGAUUCAUCGAGAAUGGAGGUUUAAAGAAACACGCAAGAACACAUACUGAAGAGAAGCCUUAUGCCUGCACACUUUGUGAUAAAAAAUACUUCACCAAGGCAAAUUUAAACGGUCACAUGAGAACACACAGUGGAGAGAAGCCUUUUGCCUGCACACUUUGUGGUAAAAGAUUCAUCAGGAAGGGAGAUUUAAGCAAACACACAGGCACACACACUGGAGAGAAGCCUUUUGUGUGCACGUUUUGUGGUAAACGAUUCAGUCAGAAGGGACAUUUAGUAUCGCACACAAGAAACCACACUGGAGAGAGGCCUUUUGCAUGCACAGUUUGUGGUAAAAGUUUCAGUCGGAAGGGAAAUUUAGCAUCGCACAUGAGGAACCACACUGGAGAGAAGCCUUUUGCCUGCACACUGUGCGAUAAAAGAUUUUCUCGGAAGACUAAUUUAGAAAUACAUAAGCGCACACACACUGAAAUACAUAAUGAUUACGUAAUGAUAUGAAAUGACAAAAAGAACGAAAUUAUUUUUCAGGUGCUGUUCUUUUUCACAACUAUCCAAUAUAUGUGGCGAAAAACACACAAGGCUAGAAAAAAAAGUUUCUACUCUUGCACCCCUCUUUUCAAUAAAAUGCUGUAUUUUAAGCCAAAAGAACUGUUCUGUUUGAUAGAACAAUAUGUCCCCGGACUAUUUUUAAUCGGUCCGUUUUACCUUGGAGACCCGCGUUAACAGACACUGAGUAACAGAUUUUGUUUCAUCCCUGUAUUUGUUUCGUUGCCGCUGUUGUGCUCGGGAAAUUAUGUUACACAAUAAACUAAGAAUAAACCAGCACAUCAACCACAUCACCAGAACUGCCUUCUUCCAGCUCAAGAACAUAGACUGUCUUCACCCCUCCCUCACUUUCUCUGCUGAAGAAACACUCAUCCAUGCCUUCAUCACCUCCAGACGUACAUAGGCGGAGUUUGACUUUUGGGGCAGGGGGCACACAACAUGUAGAUGACCCCGAAACGCAGUGUCAACAAUAAAAUUCACUUAACGUAUUUUUUGGACGAUAAGUCAGUUUUUUUUACCAUAGUUUGGCUGGGGCUGCGACUUACUGUAUACUCUGGAGCAAUUUAUGUGUGAGAUUAUUAACACAUUGUCAUAUAAUUUCACAUGUUAUUUUGGUGUUUUGGAGUGACACUGAUGGUUUGGUUCUGAAUAACUCUUAAAAGUAAAGAUGCCGAUCGAUCGGGUCCGAUCACGUCAUUUUCAAAGUAUCGGAAUCGGCAAAAAAAUAUCGGACAUGCCUUUUCAAUAUAUAUUUUUUUGAAUUAAAUCGUUUUCUAAGUGUAUUUAACAUAACAGACAAAAUGUCUUACACUUAUCCAGAGUCUUUGGUUUUGGCUUAAAGUAGGGCUAUCAAAUUUAUCGCGUUAAUGGCAGUAAUUAUUUUUUUUUAAUUAAUCACGCUAAAAUAUUUAACGCAAUUAACGCAUGCGCUGCGCGACCCACUCACGCAUUGUCGCGUUCAAUCUAUAAUGUCGCCGUUUUACCUAUAUAUAGAGCUAAAAGGCAGCGUAAAAUAAGUAGAGUGAAUUUAGGCAGUCUUUGGAGCCAUUUUUUUAGUUGGCUAAAGCCUUAAAGUCUCUCUCUCAACAUUUAGAAAUAUCGUGGGAAGCAAUGUGGGGAAGAAAGGUUGUAGUUGAUCUUUUUCUUAACACCCUAUGUUCUUUCCCAACGCAGAGAAUAUAUAUCAAUUGGUGCCACUACGCACAGUCAUGGUUGCACUUCCCAUCAUGCAUUUGGGCAGAUCAGUUAAAUGGCUACAGUAUCAUUGACUGGAAGCUCAACAAAUACACUAGAUGGCAAUAUUUAGUCACAAUAUACAAAGUCACGUUAAUCCUUUUAAGAAUUACAAGUCUUUCUAUCCGUGGAUCCCUCUCACUGAAAGAAUGUUAAUAAUGUAAAU